AUGAAUGUGCACGACAAACACGGAAGCGCUCGUGACAAACUCGUGCCCAAAGGAGAUGGAAGAAAAAAUUCGUUCUCUAGAAGUUCAGGUACAACAACUCCAGAAGCUUGUUCAACAAGAAAUUACGUCUCCAUUCACCACUAUAGAAGGCUUCUCGAAAGACUGAUUGGAAAUCUACAAAAAUGGCAUACUGUUUACCCUAUUUUACCAGAUGGAAGAUGUCCGUUCUUUGUAUAUUGCGACAUGAGCAACGGAGGCUGGACUUUGAUCCAGAAGCGAAUAGAUGGUAGGGUUAGCGUUUAUCGGUCUUGGGAAGACUAUGUUAGAGACUUUGGUGAUAUAGAUGGUUCUCACUGGCUAGGUUUAGAGAAAAUUCACCGUUUGACACGAGGUCGAAACCAGAUCUAUUUCGAUAUGGAAAAUUAUGAUGGCACAACCGAAUAUGCGCAUUACAGAGUGUUUACCGUUCAUGAAGCGGCAACUGCAUACACUAUGAACGUUGAUGCCUAUGAUUAUGAUGGCAGUAUUCAGGAGUUACUGAGUUACUAUAACAACAUGAAAUUCUCGACUUUUGAUAGGGAAAAUGAUGUUUCGUCGAGAAAUUGUGCGUUGGUCGUAAACGGGGCUAGUUGA